AUGAAAUUCGCUCUCGCCCUCGUAGCCGUUAUGGCUUGUGUCAGCCCCAUGCAGGCUUACAACGUGCCCCGCACCGGAUCCGGUGCCCUGGCUGACGACGUCCAAGAUUUCGUCAACCUCAUCCCAACGGACAAAAUCGUUACAAUUCUCUUCGAUUACAUCGCCAACGACAAAGAAGUCCAGAGUCUGAUCAACUACGUGCACACCCCGAUCUUCGUCCAGCUGGUCAGCGAGAUCGAGGCCAUGCCCGAGGUCCAGAGCCUGAUGAACUACAUGCAAAGCGCUGGUCUUGAUAUCUACUACUUGGUGAACAAGGUUAACAAGUACCUGGGUCUGAAACAAUUGACACCAACCAACACUGAAAUGUUGAGAGCCGCCGGUGGAAUCCGCGGAAUGCUCGACGAGAUCGAGGCUCUCAUACCCAUGGAGAAGGUCAAGGCGCUGCACCAACAGAAGAUGGCCUCGUCCAAAGUGUGGGCCGAUUUCGUCGCCAAAUUAAAGUCGCCCGAAUUCCAGAAUGUUGCCGAUAAACUGUGCGCUAACGCAACCUUCAAAGACCUGUUGCACAAAGCCAAGGAAGCCCAAGUAAACGUUGAAGGUGUGAUCGUUGUAAUCGAGAGCGGAUUGGGCGUCAAAAUUAACUGCAGACCACUUCAAUCUCCUACAGCAAACAAGAUGAAAUUCACCCUGGUAGCACUCUCCGCCGUGGUUGCCUUCGCAACCGUCAACUGCCACCAUGUUCCCUACGCCGGGAACGAACUGUCCAAGGACAUCCACGACUUCAUCGACUUGAUCGACAUGGACAAGAUCAUCACCAUCAUCUCCGGAUACUUGGAUGACGACCAGGUUGUUGAAGCCCUUAAGUACAUGCGCAGCGAAGAAUUCCACGUUCUGGUCCGCAAGGUCGAAGCCUUGAAAGCUUACCAGAAUCUGAUCAUCUACCUUCACGACGCUGGUCUGGACAUCUAUGGCCUUCUCCAGAAAGUGCACAAACUCUUCGGCAUGGAGGACUUCGUUCCACCAACCGGCUUCCGCGCCUACGCUAACCGCGGUGGUGUCAAGGGUAUGGUCGACGAUGUGAUCGCUGCACUCCCCUUCGACAAAUUCAGGGCUCUGUACAAAGAAAAGAUGCAAACCUCCCCAGUCUUCAAGAGCUUCGUCGAGAAACUCGACUCCCAGGAAUUCCAGGAGAUCGUUGACCUCAUCUACAAAGAACCCAUCUUCCUAGAAAUGAGAAAGAAGGCUAUGGAAAACGGUUUGGACCUUGACAUCGCCAGAAAAAUCUUCGAAGAAAUCGGCAUCAAGCUCCCCCGCCCAAGCGGAUUAUACGAUGGUUUCGCACUAGUACAGCAACGCUCUAAAUCGACGAAAAUGAAUCCACACAUCAUGAUCGCGAGCGUGAUGGCCACCGCUUCCGUCGCUCUUAUCGGAUUUCUAGCCUACAAAAUCGGAUUCCGAUCGAACGAUCCAUUGAACUCGCCAUCUUUGAACGACGACAGCUCUCUCGAGGAAGAUUUCAAAGAUAUCCUAGCGUUCGUGCCGUUUAACGAGGUGAAGGAGAUCAUCGAGAAAUAUAUGAAGUACGAUGCUCAGAUCGGGGACACGGCGAGCUUCGUGAACGAUCAGAAGAGAUUCAUCGUGCGGGAGUUUCAGCGAAUGCCUCAAUUUAACAAGUUGAUUCUCUCUUUACGCGAAGACGGCCUGGACGUCGAUUCCUGGCACGAAAAAGUCCGAAGUUUCUGGAAGACGACGCCCAGGUUCGUCAGGAACGACCCCGGCAUCGCGAAAGGCGGCUUGACCGUGAUGAUCAACAAUAUCUUGAAGAGUAUACCGUUGGACGAACUCCACGAGUUUCUCUUACAAAAAGUGAAAUACUCCCGAAGUUUUCGCAGAUUUUUGCAGAUACUCAAAUCCAAGGAUUUCGCGGAGUUCUGCAACGCUGUCGAGAACAACGACGUGCUGCAUCAUCAUUAUUUUUGGGCUAAAGAGAGCGGCUUGGAAAUCACGUUCGCCAUCGAGCUGUUUAGCGAACUACACGAAUACUUCACACAGACUUUGCUUUUGCAGGUUUAA